AUGGCGUCGAUACUGAGCACCCUCGGCCUCAUUCUCUCCAAGAUUCCGCUCCUCCUCAAGACCAUCGUCUUCUACCUCGCCUCCCUUAGCCCGACGGCGCGCAAGUGGGACCUCGGCACCGAAGUCGCCGUCACCAUGCUCCGCGACUUUCUCGGCAACGCGCCGCCAUCGACCGUCAGCGCGCAGCAGGCGCUCUUUAUGCGCCGCGACACGGGCGCCCGCGGCCGCAUCUGGGACGUGAGCGGCGAGUGGGUGGGCGUGCGCCAUGGCGUGUCGCGCUGGGCGGCGGAGCCGGCGCGUGUGAGCGAGAGGGACAAGUUUGCGAGACUGACGGCCGAGGCGCAGACGGACGUGACGGUGCUGUACAUACAUGGCGGCGCAAACUACCUGAUGGAUCCCGUGUCGGCGCGGCCGGUCGCGCUGGCCUAUGCAACACAUGGCAAGUGUCGUGUGUUUUCCGUGCGGUACCGUCUCGCGCCGCAGGGUCCGUUUCCGUCGGCGUUGCUCGACGUUUUCGUCGCGUACCUGUCGCUACUGUACCCGCCGCCGGGGGCGUGGCACUCGCCCGUGUCCGCGUCGUCCCUCAUUGUUACGGGCGACUCUGCCGGCGGCAACCUCAGCACGUCUCUCCUGCAGCUCCUUCUCCAGCUGCAUCGCGCCGCCGGCGCCGGCGCCGCGUUACCGCCCACUGUGCGCUUCCACGGACGAGACGUGCCCGUGCCGCUGCCAGCGGGCGUGGGGCUCAACUCGCCGUCGCUCGACCUCACCCGGAGCAUGCAGUGGUCCGAGUCGUUUCUGCAGUACGACUACCUGCCGCCGCCGCAUCUCUCGCCCGUCACGUCGCCGCCGUGCGCCGUCUGGCCCGCCGACCCGCCGCGCGUGCACCUGUACUGCGAGGGCGGCGCGCUGGCGCACCCGCUCGUGUCGCCCAUGGCGGCGGCGUCGUGGGAGGGCGCGCCGCCCGUCUUCUUCGUCUGCGGCGAGGAGCUGCUCGCCGACGAGGCCAAGACGGUGGCGUGCAGGAUGGCGCGCCAGGGCGUGCCCGUCGUCUGGGAGCAGUGGGAGGCGAUGCCGCACUGCUUCAGCAUGCUGCUGACGUGGACCGAGGCGUCGAGGGUGUCGUACCGCGGCUGGGCGGAUUUCGUGAGGGAUGCGGUCCGCGGCGAGGUCCAGACAAAGGGGUGCUACGUCGAGGUCAAGACGCUCAAGAGGAGAGAGGUGGACGUCAAGACGCUGACAACCAUAAGCGACGAGGAUGUGCUAGAGGGCAUGGCGGCUGGUCGUAAAAGAAUAGAGGAUAAAUUUGCAUAUCUCUUGAAAUAA